UCGCGUCGCUGCUUUUCUUCAGAAAUGAUUUUCUUCAUCUUCACUACAUUUGGUGUGUUCCUCCGUAUUCACCUCGCCGGAGGAUCCAUCCAGUGUGGAAGCCGCGAACACUCUAUGGUCGGCCUGGUGCACCAUGGAUGGAAGAUUAACGAAGGCCAGUGGCCGUGGCACGUGGCCCUCUUCCACGACGGAACCAGUACGUACGCUUGUGGGGCAACCUUGCUAAGCCAGUGGCAUGUGCUAACGGCGGCCCAUUGCGUUACCUAUCGGAGACAGCCGCUACCCGCCGGUAGCAUCGUGCUUCAUUUCGGGCAGAAAAAUCUUUCCGAGAUAACCAGCAACGUCCAGAUUAGGCAUGUCGGCAAAGUGCACGUUCAUCCCAACUAUAGCAGGCACAAAAAUGACAUCGCACUGCUGGUGCUGCGAUCGUCGAUUGAAUAUUCGGAAUUUGUUCUACCGAUCUGCCUGGACAAGCGGGCCGACAGUGAUUUGAGGAACCUGGAGAGCACGAGAGGAUGGAUUCCGGGCUGGGGACGAACCGAGAACGGGCUCACAUCGGAUGUGCUGCGGACGGUGUCGAUGCCCGUGGUUAGCUACAUCGAGUGCCUACAGGCCGAUCGCAUUCUGUUUGGACAUGUGCUCGAUCCCAAUGUGUUCUGUGCCGGUGAUCGGAACGGAUCGAGUCCCGGAUUUGGCGACAGCGGUGGAGGGAUGUACUUCAGCGAUGACGAUCGCUGGGUCUUGAGAGGGAUCGUAUCUUUUGCAAAGGUUGAUGAGGCGCGGGACAAGGUUGAUACUUCGAAAUAUACUGUGUUUGUCAAUGUGCAACGCUACCUGUCGUGGAUUAGUGAUAAGAUGGAAGAGGAUAUCACCUAUCUUUCCCCGAGACGCACUAGUGAAAAAGAGUGCGAUAGAUUUGAAAAGUUAGCGAGAAAUCAAGUCGCCGCUGAUGGUGACUGUAGUGAUGAUAUUCAACCACAGGUGAUUUCCAUCUUCUAUUCGGACGGGAAAGUACAUUGCAAUGGCGUUUUGUUGAAUGAAGAUUCUGUACUUACAACAUGCCGGUGUGUGCGAAGGAAAGAUGUCCUCAUAUCUCUAAGCAUCCAAAUCGGCACACUCGAUAGAGUUAACAUAUUGUCGACACAUUGCCAUCCAGACUACAGACCUGAUCAACUGUAUCACAAUCUGGCUGUGCUGAAGUUGAACUCAUCGGUGGCCCUGUCCAGCAGUUUAGUACCAACGUGCUUGGCCAGUAACUGGACGGAUUACCUCGACGCUGGAUCUGAUCUGCACACAGGUAUCGAGUCCGGUCAAAGGCAUGUGAUUAGCAACGACAUCUGUAAUCAAACUGUAACCGAACGGAGGAUGAUACCGAAAGGUUUUCCACUGUCACUGAUGUGCGUGAACAAUACGGAUCAUCAACUUACAACCGAUAGCUGGGAAAACCUAGGCGCACCAGCGCUGCAAUCCUUUGAUCGGAAAAGGUGUCUCUACACGUUGGUAGGAGUCCCAUGUGAAUCGGUCCGGGGUCAACAGGACUCGGAAGCGUUCCGGUUAGAUGUCUACACUCGCGUUGCGUAUUACUUGGGCUGGAUUGAAGGCGUAGCUUCGAAACGCAAAGUUCAGACGUUCAAUGAACCGACGACGGAGAAGCCACGUAGCACGGAGAGCUGGCGAUUUACGGAAAUAGGCAGGAACGUGCAUGCCCCUCGUGACUUCUAUCCCCUUUCGCUUCCCUCUUUUCCUACAGCCAACUCAAAGCCUGGAAAUGAUGAAUUUUCUAUACCCGCAGAAAUUUCCCUGUUCUUUAAGGUAGUAUUUAUUUUUGUUAUUGUAAGUUUUAUUGCUAGUAUUUGUGUGACAAUAUUCUGUCUUACACAGUUGAGGACGAUUGUGACGUCAGUAUUCAAAAAAUAAAUGUAGUUACGUGCGAUGUACUGACCUCAUUCAGUCAGUUCAAUUUCAAGUG